CCGAUGGCGUCCAAGCUGGCCGGGCUCGCAGUCCUCGUCGGCGCUGCGAUUGCUGUCGGCGUCCUCUGGCACUCGGCGUCGUCCUCCUCCUUCAACCACAGCGUCCACUGGCUGCGCGCGCACCCGGCGACCGGCGGCCUUCUUUACAUACUGCUCUACACGUGCUGCGUCGUGCUAUGCCUGCCUGCGACGCUCUUUGAGCUCGUCGCUGGGUACAUCUUCGGCUUUUGGGGCGGCUGGGUCAUCUCGAUUGUUGGCAAGACGACCGGCUCGUGCCUCUCUUUCUACAUUGGUCGCUACUUUCUCCACGCUCGCGUCUUGCGAAUCCUCGAGUCGGGCGCGCCCAUGUUCCGGGCCCUCGGACUCUUGCUCUCGCGCCCCGACAUGAAGUGGAAGAUCGUGUGCCUGGCGCGCGUCGCGUGGAUGCCCAUCGCAAUCAAAAACUACGGUCUUAGCGUGCUUCCGGUGCCAUUCCCAAUGUUCUUUUGGUCGACUCUGAUCUUGGGUACUCCGUUUGGCGGCAUCUCGUGCUACCUCGGCCACUCGGCCACCGAGGUGUCGUCGCUCCUCUCGGGGAAGCACGAGUCGGGCUAUUUCAAGGUCAUUCUGAUGGCGGUUGGUGCAACGAGCGGACUUACCUUGCUUUGCCUUGUCGGCUACCAAACGCGCAAAUAUAUUGAGGAGCUCGCGGCUGCCGAGCGCGACGGCGAUCUCGAGCUCAUGGGCGGACAGCACACGCACGAAUACGCCCCGAUUCGCUCGUUCGACGAGGUCGAGAGUAGUCCUAGUAGUAGUAGAAACUAAACAUUUACAUAGAUCACGAUCGAGCUUGUACUCGAUGAUCAUCAA